AUCGCGGACUCACUUCUUCUCCUUUUUAUAUUUCCUCCUGACCUCUCCUCGAUAGCUGCUAGCUGAAGAAGAAGAAGCAGCAGAAGAAAUUACCAAAAUUACUACUCUAAUUCCUUCAUAUUCAUAUCUUUCAAUCAAUUCUCUUUUGAUUUUCUUGAUCAUUCACCAAGAUCAAGUCCAUUGCAUGGCCGUAUCUCUGAUGUGUGCCAUUGCAAGGUUUUAAUGAGAUUUAUGUAUGCAGAGUCAGUUGGAUACUGAAAACAGUGAUGGUGUUUGGUAACUAUUAAUAGUUGUACGUUUCGUUGCUAUCGCUACACACGGAGAUUCAGGAUAUUCUAAUAGUUUGUGUUAAGUGAGAGUUGAUAAUGGCAGAGCCCAGUCCAAGUACCUCUACAGAUGGGGACACUGAAGACAAGGCUCUUGGGUUCCAUAACAGUUCUCAUGGGCUUGUGGUUUCUGAUGCUAGUGAUAAGUCCAGGGAUCAAAAGACACUCCGUAGGCUUGCUCAGAAUCGUGAAGCUGCAAGAAAGAGUCGUCUGCGAAAGAAAGCAUAUGUCCAACAGCUGGAAACUAGCAGAAUGAAACUGACCCAACUUGAGCAGGAGCUUCAGCGAGCUCGGCAGCAGGGCAUUUUCAUUUCAAGUUCAGGAGAACAAUCUCAAACAAUGAGUGGCAAUGGAGCCUUGGCUUUUGAUGUCGAAUAUGGGCGGUGGCUAGAAGAGCACAACCGAAGGAUUAACGAGCUAAAAGGUGCUGUCAGCAAUCAUGCUGGUGAUGGUGAACUGAGGAUCAUAGUUGAUGGCGUUGUGGCACAUUAUGAAGAAAUUUUCAGAAUAAAGGGGGAUGCUGCGAAGGCUGAUGUUUUUCAUGUUCUGUCAGGCAUGUGGAAAACUCCCGCAGAAAGAUGUUUUCUUUGGUUAGGUGGAUUCCGUUCAUCGGAACUCCUAAAGUUGCUUAUAACUCAAUUGGAACCUUUAACGGAACAGCAGUUAUUGGCCAUUGGAAACUUACAACAGUCAUCACAGCAAGCAGAGGAUGCCUUGUCCCAGGGGAUGGAAGCAUUGCAGCAGUCCCUGGCAGAGACAAUAGCAGGGUCUCUUGGCUCUUCAAAUUCAUCAGGCAAUGUAGCCAACUACAUGGGUCAAAUGGCAAUGGCUAUGGGUAAAUUAGGAACUUUAGAAGGCUUCAUUCGACAGGCUGACAAUUUGAGGCAACAAACCUUGCAACAAAUGCACCGGAUAUUAACAACGCGCCAAUCGGCUCGGGCCCUCAUAGCUAUCAAUGACUAUUCAUCCCGGCUUCGGGCUCUGAGCUCAUUAUGGCUUGCACGGCCUCGUGAGUGACCAAAAGCCUUCUCUUACUGCAUCCUGUAUCAUCACAAAAUGUGACCGGAGUUGUACCAACUAUACAAAAAUACACUCAAAUGUGCAAGAAAGUAAGGAUUUGUAACAAUCAGGAAUGGUAGCAAAAUGUUUAACAGCGCUCAAUCUCUUGAUUCGUUCCUGGUACCUUCAAACCGCUGUUAAUGAUGUCGAGUUCUACCUUCUUAUCUUCAGCUUGUAUGAAUGACAUCUCAGAAUAUUAACUUAUAAAUUGCAAUAAUUUGGUGUAAUCUUUGUUAUAAUUUAGACAGAUAAGAUAGGGGGUACAUUGUGAAUUUGUAGCUUGGCCAUGGUUUUUAAAUGCUAAUGUUUGAAUUUGGUUUGUAUGUUACUAUCUUAUGGGAGUUAAGGCACAAAUUUAUUUUCAA